GGGCAGGUGACCGGAAAAGAGCACCAGGAGCAGUUAAAAGCGGAGAGGACACCGGGAGAGACGAGUGUCCGCGGGACUCUGCCGGCCUGCGUGGACCUGCUUGCCCCGAGGACAACAUGAUGCUCGGCGUGGCUUUCAGCAUCGGGGUCCUGCUGGCCCUGGCGGGCAGCACAGCCGCGCACGACUGCGUUGCCCCGCAAAAACUGGUCUCCAAAUUGGUGCAACGCCUGGAGGAUUCCGUGCAGGAGAAUGAGCUGCCGAACCCCAGCGUCCUGCUGGCCAUGAACUUGGCCGGGGCCACCGCCAGCAACGCCCGCAAGUGGCUGCUCCAGCAGAUACAGGAGGAGGCCGUGAAGAGAGCCCAGAAAGACAUGACCUCGGGAGAGGCGGCUCUCUACGUGCUCGCCCUCCUCUCCUCCUGCCAGGACCCGCAGCGUGUCGAGGCGCUGGGGCAGACCGUCGACCUGGUCCACGUCCUGCAGCAAAAAACAGACGAGGAGAUGGCCAGCCUGGAGGCAGAAGGCGUCCCGAAGACCACCCUGUACAGCGUGAGCCUGGACGCCCUGGGCCUGUGCCUGGCGGGGGUAGGUGGCUACCAAGGAGCGUCCGUGGUCCUGGCCAAGCAGAUGCUGAGCCCCGAGAGUCACCUCUCCGUGGACACCCGUGCUGUGGCGGUGAUGGCGCUGGCGUGCACGUACAGCCAGACGGAUCUCCACGACGUGCGGGACCUGCUCCGGGAAGCACUGUCGACGGUGACCAACGGCUUCCUGGAUGAGCAGGAGAAGGGGCACGGCAUGAUCGGGAACAUCUACAGCAUGGGGCUGGCCCUGCAGGCGCUGGGGGCCACGAGCAAGUUUUACGCCCCACGGGAGUGGGACUGUGCCCAGGCCUUCUCCGUGGUGUACGGCCACAACUACCAGCAGCCCAUGGCCAUCGCCCAGGUCCUGCCGGCCCUCGUGGGCAAGUCGUACCUGGAAGCGGCUGGCCUGGACUGCGCCGCCAACACCGGCACAUCCCAGAGCCUGCAGUUGCCCCUGACCCCAGAGCUGGGUACAACCGGGGUUCACAGAGGUAUGGCUGCUGCCGCCCAGAGCCACGACGGUCCCCGUGGCACUGUGCCGGGCACCCACGCCGCCGUCCUGGCAGCACCCAUCACAGUGUCCUACUCCAUCAUCAACAAGCUGCAGGGAAGCCACUUUGACUACACCAUCUCGGUGAGCGUCCCGGGCGGCUCCACGCUGCUCAAGGUGCUGCAGGUGGCGGAGAAGGAGAAACCCAACAUCUUUAGCUUCCAGACGGAGCAGACAUCCUGGGGCCCCAUGGUGAUCUCCAUCCACGGGCUGGCCGCCAACUCGGAUGACAGGACCUACUGGCAGUUCCUCAGCAGCGGGGAUGCCCUCCAGGAAGGGGUCGGGACCUACAAGCCGCAGGACGGGGAGCACAUCCAGGCCGUCUUCAGCACCUACUGAAGCCGCCGAGGGACGCCAGGCCCGGCCGGGUGCACCAUGAAGGCAAUAAAGAGCCAUUUGCAGCACAGA